AUGUGCGCUGCAGUUUCGGAUAGUUUUGAGCGAAGAAGAAUUGCUUUGGUUAUUGGAAACAAUAAAUACAAACAAUCACCAUUAUAUAACUGCGUUAACGAUGCGAAUGAUUUAAGUAAAGCACUCAAAAGUAUUGGUUUCUUAGUGACCUCCAAAACAGAUCUCAACUGCGAAGAGAUGGACAAAGAAAUCGAGAACUUUCUCGAAUCCAUUCACCAAGGCGAUCUCGUUCUCUUCUUCUUCUCAGGUCAUGGUGUUCAACGUGAUGAACAAAACUAUCUAAUUCCAUGUGAUAACGAUCGUAUUCUAGGCCCAAGCGACUUUAAACAUCGUGCCAUCAAUGCACAAAGGUUUCUAGAUCUUAUGUCUGACAAGAAUCCUUUUGUGAUUGUCUAUUUACUUGACUGUUGCCGCACUGAUAUGCUACCCAAUAUGACCAAGGCUAAAGCUUCGUACGCGUCAUCCACUGGAUUGGCGGCAAUGUCAGCGAAGGCUGGUACUUUGAUCGCAUUUGCUUGCGCCUCUGGUACAGUUGCAACUGAUAGAGCGAAAAAUGGACGUAAUGGGAUGUUUACCUAUCAUUUACUACAAAACAUUACUAGACCAGAAGAAGAGAUCACGCUGCUGCUCAUAGACGUAGCCGAUGGAGUAGCAAAGGAUACAAACGAAAGGCAAAUACCGUACACAACAUCUGCUUUGAGACAACGCGGCAUUCAUUUGGCAACACGUCAGAAGAAAGCGACGCAGCCAAUCAAUUAUCAAGAGCCAAGUUACUCGAUAGGCAGUGCUUCUGCUGUGCCGAAGAGUACAACAACACCAUUCAAGGCAUUGCCAAAACCUGGACGUGCGCCAAAAGCAGGUAUGUCUCUUUUAAUAAAUUAG